AUGAAUACAAUUGAAAAGGAAUACAAAACAAUAAAUGGAUUUACUAGGCCUAAACAUCCCUUUUAGCUUUUCACUAUUGUAUUUUUUAUUCAACUAUUGUGUUGUGUAUCUAUAGCUAUUCUCCCAAUUACUAGUUGGUUAGUUUAAGUAAAAUUUGACAAUAAAUAGAUUAUUUUAGCAUCUUUAUUUUACUUUUUCUCAAUCAUGAUAUUUUACUAUGCCUUUAUAACCUCACUUAUAGAUCCAACUGAUGAUUUGAUAAUAUAAUCAAAGAGAGGAUAGAAUAUGUAAACCUGAUUUAAAUUUAUUAUAGUGAGAUGGAAUAAGAACUUUAUGAUUUCUAUUGUUCUUUUUGUGAUAGCUAUGUGAGUAGCACUACUAAACAUUGUAGAGUUUGUGAAAGGUAAACUCCGAUAUUUAUAUGAGAUGUGUAUCUGAUUUUGAUCAUCAUUGCAAAUGGUUGAAUAAUUGCGUUGGAAAAAAGAAUUAUCCAUAAUUCUUUAAAUUACUCAUAUUUGUAUCAUUAUUUGGAGUUACCUUUAUUAUUUUUGCCUUAUUUUCUAUUGCUUUUUAAACUCCAAGUAUGAUUAUAUGGAUAUGGAUCAAUGUUGGAUUGGUCGCCAUAUUAUUUUUACUAAAUUUUAAUUUAAUGUCAUUUCAUUUCUGGUUAAAAUAUUAGGGAGUAACAACCUAUGCUUUUAUCAUAUAAAAUAGAUAAAAGAAAUCUUAAGAAGUUGCAAUAGAAACUCCUCAAAAAUUUUGGUAUUCAAAUAUACCUUAAUAUUUUACAUAGUUGUAGCACGAAAAAGAACUAAAUGGCUUAAGUGGUCCCUAAAUAAGAUGUUACUUAAGGAGAAGAAUAAUUAUAUAAAAAUGAGAUUAUAUAAAAUGAACCUUAAACUGAUAUUAAAUAAUAAAAUGUGGAAAUCGAAGGUGAUGGUGAAUCAGUUCAUGAUAAUGGUACAAAAAGAAAGAAUAGUUUCCAUACAGUCAAUUCUUAAGUUAAUAAUCAGAUAUAAGAAUGA